CGAAAUAUAUCCGACAAGCGGAUCCGGCCCUAAACCGCUGCUUUCUCCUUUCGGCAUAUGCUUUCUGGGUUCCUUUCAACGUAGCUAGGGUUUCUCGUCCCCGACUUUUCUCCCACACUUCCCGGCAGAGAUGAAGCUAACGGUGAAGACGCUAAGGGGGAGUCACUUCGAGAUCCAGGUUCAUCCUAAUGAUACGAUUAUGGCUGUCAAAAAGAAUAUCGAAGAAGUUCAAGGGAAGGAUAGCUAUCCAUGGGGACAACAAUUGUUGAUUCACAAUGGAAAGGUAUUGAAAGAUGAAAGCAGUCUUGAAGAGAACAAAGUUAGUGAAGAUGGCUUUCUUGUUGUCAUGCUAAGCAAGAGCAAAACAGGUAGCACAACAGGAGGAUCAUCUACCAUUCAGCCUUCAACAACUGCUCCACCACCUCAACAACCUCCAGUGUCCGCACCACCAUCUCAACAACCUCAAGUGUCCGCGCCACCACCUCAACAACCUCAAGUGUCCGCGCCACCUCCUCAACAGCUUUUAGCUGCUACUCCAAGUCCUACCCAUACUCCUGCUGCGGAGUCCCGGUCAUUAGUUGUGCCAACAGCUGAUGCUUAUGAUCAAGCAGCUUCAAAUUUGGUAGCAGGGAGUAAUAUUGAAUCUACUGUCCAGCAGUUGCUAGAAAUGGGUGGUGGAAACUGGGACAGGGAUACAGUUUUACGUGCACUUCGUGCUGCUUACAACAACCCAGAGCGUGCCGUUGAUUAUUUAUACUCUGGCAUUCCUCCAUCAGCUGAAGUUGCUGUCCCAGUAGCCCAUUUCCCUUCAAGUCAAGCUUCUGACCAGAGUACGAACUUGGGUGAACCAGCUGCGACAGGGACACUACCUUCAUCUGGGUUACCGAAUUCAGCUCCUUUAGACAUGUUUCCACAGGGCAACCCAGGAUUAGGUGAAGGUGCUGGGUCUCUUGAUUUCUUGAGGAACAAUCAACAGUUCCAGGCAUUGCGGGCGAUGGUCCAAGCAAAUCCACAAAUCUUGCAGCCAAUGCUUCAAGAACUAAGCAAGCAGAACCCUCAACUCCUUAGACGUAUCCAGGAGCAUCAUUAUGAGUUUCUUCAGUUAAUUAAUGAACAUGAGGGCCUUGAAGGUGAUAUCUUUGGUCAAGAAGAGGAGGAGAUGCCACAUGCCAUUAGUGUGACAGCUGAAGAGCAGAUUGCCAUUGCUCGGCUGGAGGCAAUGGGAUUUGAUCGGGCACGUGUGAUAGAGGCGUUCUUAGCUUGUGACAGGAAUGAGGAGUUGGCUGCAAAUUAUCUAUUAGAGCAUACAGGUGAAGAAGAUUGAAGGGAAAAUUAAUUUCCAAAUUGGUGACCAUUCAAUGUCUUUCCUCUCUUGAACUUCAGAGCUUCUGUAAGCUUGGGAUGGUCAAGUUUACUCUUCCUCUCUGGCCUUUACUUCUUUUGCUGGAUCUUCAACUCUAUAUUUCUUCCUUUUUUCUCCAAUCAAAGAACUAAGAUAUAGCAGUCACAAGUUAUUUAUUUAAUUUUUUAAGAAAUAUUCUCAAACUCUAUAAGCACCUGAACUAAGUUUAAUUGUUCUGAUGUGACCAAUCAAUGGUUUAGCUACAUUGGAAGAUAGAUUGCCUUCCCUAUUAAGGUUUCGUUUGGGGCAGCUUUCUUAUUGCUUCUUAAAACAACUUUUUAGUAUAAAAAUUUGGUUUCAGAAGUGGCAAAAAAGCUGUCCCAAAUGAAGCCUAAAUUUGUAGGAGGAUACUGGAAUUCAACUGACUUUUACUUGGAAUGUAACUGCAUUUCUUGCCCACUGAUUCUGAGUGAUGAUCUAUUUUGUUGUUUGAUCUC